AACGCAACCACCUACCACUUCUGCAUUGCAGAAUUUCGACUCCGUCCAUUUUUAUUUCACAUAUUUAAACCAGAACAAUAGAUUGUUAAUAUAAUCGACUUACUUUUUUUUUUCUUUUUCCCCCCUCUCUUGUUAAGAUAAGCGAACAGAUAUGGGUCUGCUGUCGUUUUACUGUUGAGCUGCUGCACUAUGAGGAUUUGCAGAAUGGUUCGUAUGGCGAGUGUGCUGGGUUUGGUGAUGUUAAGCGUCGCUCUCCUAAUUCUAUCAUUGAUCAGCUAUGUCUCACUCAAAAAGGACAACCUCUUCGCUACCCCGAGGUAUCUGGGCUCGGCGGGCCCUAGAAUGUACAUGUUACACAGUGGAUUUCGGUCACAGUUCGCUUUGAAGUUUCUGGAUCCUGCAUUUUUGCCAGUUGGAAGUGGCCGUAGCAACAAUAUCCGCAACAAACUUGCAAAGUGGACUUUCAACGUAACUUCCUUUUUACAGCAAAGGAAAGAUAUCAGUCGCUAUGUCGAUGUUUUUAAAAAUUUCACAUUGAUUAAGAAAAACGUGCGAGUUGGACAGUUGCUGCACUAUGACUAUUCCAAUCACAAAUACGUUUUUUCUGUAAGCAAUGGUUUCCGAUCAUUACUUCCCGAGGUGCCCCCUAUAUUAAAAAUGCACUACAACACUUGUGCAGUUGUUGGGAACAGUGGGAUUCUAACGGGAAGCAGUUGUGGAGCUGACAUUGAUAAGUCCGAUUUCGUGUUCCGUUGCAACUUCGCACCGACUGAAACUUUCGAAAAUGAUGUUGGAAAAAAAACGAAUCUCACAACCUUCAACCCAAGUAUUCUUGAAAAGUACUACAACAACCUAUUAACAAUUCAAGAUCGAAAUAAGUUUUUCCUAAAUCUUAAAAAGCUGGAUGGAGCCAUUCUUUGGAUCCCUGCUUUUUUCUUUCACACUUCUGCUCCCGUAACAAGAACGUUGGUAGAUUUUUUUAUUGAACACAGAGCGCAACUGAAGGUCCAGUUGGCCUGGCCUGGGAACAUAAUGCAACAUAUCAAUAAAUACUGGAAAACCAAACAGCUGUCCCCAAAGCGCUUAAGCACGGGCAUCCUGAUGUAUACGUUGGCUUCUGCCAUUUGCGAAGAGAUUCAUUUGUACGGAUUUUGGCCUUUCGCAUGGGAUCCCAACACGGGAAAAGAACUGCCAUAUCACUACUAUGACAAAAAGGGAACAAAGUUCACUACCAAGUGGCAAGAGUCCCAUCAACUUCCAGCAGAAUUCAAGCUGUUGUUCAAACUACACACUGAGGGCUUGACGAAACUGACCCUUUCACCUUGUGCCUCUUAAUGUGAUGCUUUUGAAGUAUGUUUUCCCAUUCUUGUUCAAUUUAUGUUUCAAACGCAUUAUGUACCCAAUGCGUAGGCUCUCUCUUGGCGACGCUAUGUGGAACACAUCACAAAUUAAUUCCAACACUGUGGGCCUGACUUGUUCAUGAAAUUUCGUGCACUGUGGUAGCAAACAUGUAUUUUGUAUUUCAAAGUAGUCAGAAGCGCUUAGACGUGAAUUUUGAGGCUUUCCUUUACAUACACAAAUGAAUGUAUUGAAUUAUAAGGAUCCGUUUAUACAUGGUUAUUCACUGACGGGAGAAGCCGCAUUACCGUGAACAGUGGCGGGACAAAAUGCGAUGGUCGUAUCAGCAGUGGCCGGCCGCGCCACUCCACUGAUGGUAGUGUAGGCUUAAGAAUUAUUUAGGCCUAAUGUGUUAGCUACAAAACCCAAACAAAUUAAGAAUAGACAAUAAAUGUCGCCCUUGCCAACGAUGUCCACGUCCGUGAAUGAAUUUACAAAAAAUGCCAAUGCUCAAACUGUUCUAAUUGUCUUAAAGAAUGGUGGAAAUAUGAAAAUGAGAAAUAAAUCCGAGUGAUUUCGCUCGGUCUGACCUAUCACCUGUCAGGAAGCAAAUAAUAAAAAGCCACAGUCUGCACGUUUGAUAUUGCCUGCACAAGGUUACUACAAUUAAUUGUAGUUGUAACCCUCUUGAUUUUUUUUUAAUUUUAAAAUUUUCAGACUAAUUCCUUGCGUUUUAACAUCGACUCCGUGUGCUCUGGCUGAUUUAACAAGCCGAGGAAUGAAAAAUGAAAUGCAAUCCCUUAUACAUAAUAUUACUAGAGACAACAGUUCAAACAAAAGAGCAUGCAAUCAUUUUAUUAGCCGCCUCGACAAAUCUCUGAACAAAAUACAGUGGGAAGUGAUGCUUCACGUUAGAUUUGAAGGACGCGGUCGUCAAUAGUAGAAUGUUAGAGGAUUGCAAAAUAAUAGUUUAUUUAAGCAUUUCCAUAAAUAAAACGUAAUAUCUUUCAACUCCUAUUUAUAUCGAAUAUCGUUGUCAAAGUGGACAUGUUAGUCUUUUGUACGUAUGUUUCGCAUUUUUCUUAAUCAUCAAAUAGAUGGUAAAUGUACUACUUUUGUACCGGUAUUUUAAAACAAAAUAUUUAUUUCACCGCUUCAAAAGAGAUCAAAUAAGUUUUGAAGAUGCAUUGAAUACUUUGGCUAGGUUGCCAACCUCAAUGUUGCUAUAUGCCUCUGCCGCCGCGUUAACGCAGAAUUUUCAAUAAGAACUCUAUGCUCUGCUGUAUUGGGAAAUUGAAUAAUUUUGUUGAUUCAAGUCUCUAUAUACUUUCCCAUGCUUGCGAAUGUUCAUCUAUAUUAAAUUACUUGUUAACUUA